CCUCCGGAGUCCACACCACGUUACCCGUCUCGCUCGUGUAAUUACUGUCGAGGCUUCUUCUAUUUGAGGGCGAUUCGCAGGCGGCCCCGCGCUGUAAACGGUGCCGGAUGCGUUGUUAUUCUGCGCGGUGCGCGGUGCCCUCACUCCAGCAGUCCGCUACAGCGAGAAGAUGGCGUCGGAAGGAGGGAAAGGGGAGCAGCCGCCUCUGGUACAAACACUGGUAACCGCUGUCCAUGGAAGUGUCGAGGCGAAAUGUGAACUGAACAUGGAUAACCUGAGUAAGCCGGAGCUCCUGACGCUCCUGAGCAUCAUGGAGGGAGAGCUGGAGGCCCGAGACCUGGUCAUUGAGGCUCUUAGGGCUCGGAGGAAGGAGGUGUUCCUGCAGGAGCGCUAUGGCCAUUUCAGCCUGACUGACCCAUUUCUGGCCUUGCAGAGGGACUAUGAGUCCGGAGCAGGGCCGAAGGAGUGCCGACCUGUCAGUGCCAGCCCCAUCACGGUGCUAGAGGCUGUUAUGGCCCACUGCCGCAAGAUGCAGGAGAGGAUGUCUGCCCAGUUAGCAGCUGCCGAGAGCAGGCAGAAGAGGCUUGAGAUGGAGAAGCUGCAACUGCAGAGUCUGGAGCAAGAGCACCGCAAGCUCUCAGCGCAGCUCAAGGAUGAGCGGGAGAAGAACAAGCACGUGGUGAUGAUGCUGGUACGCGAGUGCAAACAGCUGGCAGCACGUGUGAUGGAGGAAAGUCAGCGCUUUGAGGAGCUCUCGUCACGCUCUGAGCAGGAGGGCCGCUCUUCGGGCCGCCUUGAGGAGGAGCUGGCAGCUGAGCGACGUCGCAGUCAGCAGAUGGAGGCUGAAAUGGAAAAGCAGCUGGCCGAGUUUGACACGGAGCGUGAGCAGCUGCGGGCCCGGCUGAGCCGCGAGGAGACCCGUGCCACUGAACUACGGGCAGAGAGCGAAAGUCUGCGGCAGCAGGUGGAGCAGCUCAGGACUGAGCGGGGAAAGGAUGCCCUACCACUGCCUCCACCCUCAAUGUCAGUCAAGCCCAAGAGCACAGCAUCAGUGGCUGUGGGCACAGAGGCAGCAAGUUGCAGGACAGCUGCCUCCCAGACAGACCUGCUUCCAGAUCAUGAAGCACCCAAGAAGGUGCCGCUGACUAUCCCCGUCAAGCCAACAGGCACCAACUAUGCUAGCAUGAAUCUACCCAAGACGGCAACCACAGGGAGGGGGCUGCACCAUGGGACCUCUCAGGCGGAAAACGGAGGGGAGGGCCAGACAGUGCAAAACGCAGCUCAUGGUUUACACUCACCUGGCAGUGCUGCCACCUUGCCCACGGGUGUGAGCCCCCGUGUUCAGGCGGCCCGCUACAAAUUCCAGCCCUCAGCUUCGGAGCAGGACCAAAAUGGCAUGGCAGGCCAGGGUCCCCCAUCCCGGGAUCUGUCCCCUACCAACCGAGAUAACUUUGCUGCCAAGCAGCAGGCACGCCACACAGUAACGCAGGUCCUCUCACGCUUCACAAGCCCCCCAGCAGGGGGUCCUCCCGCAGCCCUCAGGCCCGGCCUGUCCCAUUCUGCUUCAGAGGGGGGACCCUUUGCUGGGCGCCUUGGCCACCCGCAGAUCGGCAUCAAGUCUCCCACGGUGGCACGUAUCGACAGGGGGAACCCGCCUCCUAUCCCGCCAAAAAAGCCUGGACUUUCUCAGACGCCGUCCCCUCCUCACCCACCAAUCAAAGUGGUGGGAGAGGCCAGCAGGUCCCCGGUGGUCGGACUUGGGGUGGGGUCUACCAAGUCAGCUGCUACCCCCCAGCUUCCACCCAAGCCCUCCCUGGACUUGGGUGGUGCGGUCCCAGCCUUGACUGCGUCUCAGGUGGGUGCGAGCUGCGGUUCCAGACAGCGGGGGCCACGGCCAGCCACAGCAUGCGUGGAUUGUCCCCCUGUCACCACCACCACCAUCGCUACCAUUGUCAGUAGCCCCUGCGUAAACCCUGCUAGUGUUUCAUCCCAUAGCCCGCAGCACCCGGGCAGCCCCCUGGCAGCAGCAUCAGGCUGGUGUCCCUCCAUAGUCCCCCCGCUAAACUGUGGUGACCCCGUCCCCCUGGAUGACGGGCACACCAUUUUGCUCCAAGCUGCUUCCCAGGGAAAUGUCACUUUAUUGUCUAUGCUGCUUAAUCAAGAUCCACCAAUGGAUAUUAGUCACCUCCAACAAGACUUGACCUCUGCCUUGUUUUCUGCUGCUCAAAAUGGACACCCAGAAUGCUUGAAUCUGCUGCUGACCUUGGGGGUUUCUGCUGAUGCUCCUGACAAAAAUGGAUUUUCCCCGUUACACAUUGCUGCUGCUAAUGGCCACGACAGGUGUGUGCAGGCUCUGCUGGGCCAUGGCGCGGAGGUGGAGCGAGAGUGCGUAGGCGGCCGGACCGCUCUGAUCCUGGCCUCUGAGCACGGCGGCGUGGAGUGUGUGAGAGUCCUGCUGGAUGCUGGAGCAAACCGCUCACACAUCACUGCUGACAGCUGCACUGCUCUACAUGCCGCAGUGAGUUUAGGCCAUGUGGGUCCCCUGAAGCUUCUACUGUACCACCCGUCACUUCAGCCUGAGACAGGCGGCACAGCAGCUAACCCAGAUGCCCAACUCGCACACCCAGGCCCAGUCAUGACCAGCCACAUCCUUAACCAUGCCAACAAGGAUGGCUGGACUGCAGCCCACAUUGCUGCAUCCAGGGGCUACAAGAAAUGCCUGGAGGCUUUGUGUAGCCACAGACAACAGGACCUUGAGAAGAGGGACAAAUGUAACCGCACUAUACACGACGUGGCCACAGAUGACUGCAAAGACUUAUUGGAGAACCUGGACUGCUACAGGGUGGUGGUGCAGGUGCACACCGGCUCACGCGAGCACCUGUGCCCUGUCGAUGUCCUGGAGGACGGCCCCACCAUCGGCACAGUUACCAUCCAGCGCCACACCAGUUGGGCAGAACUAGAGCAGAUCCUGAGCUACCUGCUAACUAGUCACCUCCAGCUGGUGUGUGGGAGCUGGGAGCCACAGGAAGGGCUCGGAGGAGCGGACAGACCCUUGGGUCUGUCCUCAAACAGUGUGGCCUCUGUGAAGUUAGGUGACUGUAUUUGGCUGCCUGAGCAGGACCCAGCCCAUUCUCCUUGGGAACUGAUUCGAAAGCGCCUGAGCCUGCGGAUCUCCAUCCUUCUCAAAGGCCUGUCGGAGUGCGCUCUGGACGAGAUGACCUACGACUCUUUGAUCCCUCUCCAGCUGCUGCAGAACUAUGUGCGCCUGGUUGAGCAGUAUCGUAAUGUCAUUUUCCAUGGACUGGAGGGGAGCUUUCAGGAGUACAUCGCCAACCAAAUUUCCCACCACAUCAAGCACAAGCAGGAGGCCAUGGGCAUGGGUUGUGAUGUCAUCCGUUUGGAGAUAGAAGAGGGUCUGACUAAAGAUCAGCUGUUGGAAACCUUCAUCAACUGUGGGUUUCUGAUGUCUGUGCGGGAGGCUGCUGCCAGCCGGUGUGUUGUAGCCGUGUUGGAGGGACUGGAGAAAGCCCAGUCCCUCAGCCACAUGCUGGACGACCUCUGUGAGGCACUGGAGAACCGUGGCUCACUCUACUCACUCUCCCUGAACCAAGGUCCAGAGGGGCUGUACUACUUUCCGGAGGGGAGUUUUCUAAUCGGCACACUAGCCAAGCCGCGGCUGCAGGGUCCCGAACUGAGACUGCAGCAGCACUUCCGCUGGGUGCAACUGCGCUGGGACACUGAACCCCUUAAUGGCAUGCUGGGACGCCACCUCCGCAGGAAACUGCUCCACCAGGCUCAAGGCCAGUGCUGGGUCCAUGAUGACCCUGUGCACAGAGCUCUCUCCUGGGUGUGUUCAGUCUGGCAGCAGCUUAACGGCUGCCUUUCUCGUCUGGGGACCCCUGAGGCCCUUAUAGGCCCUCAUGUCUUUCUCUCCUGUCCUGUCCUGCCAGAUCAGACCCAAGCUAUUCUGAAGUGGUUGGCUCGCCUGUGGAAUGUGGUGGUUGUCCCACGUGUUGAGGAUGCUGUUAUCUCCAGGGUAACAGCCAAGCGCUCGCCCUCCCAGCGAUGGUCUCCUAGCAACAAGGGCUUGAGCCCAGGGCAAAGGGCUGUGGUCCGAGCAGCUCUCAGCAUCCUCCUGAACAAGGCUGUGCUUCAGGGCUGCCCACUGGCCAGAUCAGAGAUCGAUCGGCUCUUGCCAGAGUUCCGGGGAGGGUGUUUUCCGCUUUCCUCCAUUAGCUCCUCCUACAGAAAAGGUGGGAGAAAAGGGCGAGAUAGUGGCGCAUGGAGACGAUCCAAUACCAGUCCACGAAAAAAGGGAAGUCCCGCUUCUGGAAGAUCCUCCAAUAGCUCCUUACUGGAAGGGUCUGUGGCCAAUUCAGACGUCCACUUAAUGACAAAUGUCAGUCAUCCCAGGCUCAGUGAUGGAGACCCAGUCGGUCUGUCUUUCUACUCUGAUGAUGAAAGCGAUCUGAUCAGGGAACUACAGACCAUGUGCUCCAGCAAAUCCGAGCCCGACAUAAGCAAGAUUGCUUUGUCCCAGGAAGACUUCAUCAUGCUCCCUAGCUCGAGUCAACCUGCACCACAGAGGAAGGAUGAGCAGGGCUAUGCUGGGCUCCAGUCGCAGGCCAGCAGAACAGAGAGCGGUGUGGAGACGGCAAAGCCUCUACCGCAGCAGAUUGACAGUAGCCAUUCAGCAGGCAGCCACGCCUCCCCUCGGCGUGCAGCUAGGCCCAGGUCUCAGCUCCCAGUCCCCAGCAGCAGGGGGCUCCAGCAGGCACCCAGCAGCACCAACCAAAACACAACCCAAAGCUCCAACAUGAACAGCAGCAGCAGCCGAUUGUCCCAAAACCACAGAAACACCCCGAGCAGAUCCCACUUGAGCAGCAGAACGAGGCAGCCUCUACCCAACAACAGAAACAACCAAUCAGAAGACAUCUGGAUUCUGAACUCCAACUCACACGAAAACUACAACAACCAUGGAUAGACCCUCCCCUCCCAACCCUGUAUACUUACUCUGUAAACUCCCUCCACAUUGUGAAGUUAUGUUAUUGACAGCCUUUUAGUAUUUAUACACGUUGUCCAUACUUGUCACACUAUAUUACCUUGUGUACUUGGGGACCAUAGUUUUAUUAUAUUUCACUGUUGAAGUAUUGAGUUUGAAGCGAGUAUCAAAGGAAGCAGGCAGGGAAGGCCAAUGAAAGAAGCGCUUUGUCAGCUUUUGCCUUUUAGGUAAAAACAUUGUGGAUCAAAGAAAAAGCAAGCAAGUCUUUUUUGCUAUUAAGUAUUUUAAAACAAGUAUUUUAUGUUUCAAAUAGUUGCAAGGUUGGUUUUAAAUAUUGUUCAAAUUAAUCAGGGUUUUACCAAAUAUGUGUAAAUAAAAAAAAAUGGGAACUUAAAUGUUAUAUAGACUAGUGUAUGUGGUAUUGAGCUUGUACAUUGAUGAACCUAAAAGAGAGAGAGAGAAAAAAAAACUGUACAUAGUGUUUGUAAUAUAAAAGUUUGGUUGAUAUUUUUCACUUGUUUCAAAGUGAACUGAAUGUGGCAAUAAGUAAAGUCAUUGAAAACACAGGUUACUUUCUUUUGUCUGUAAAGCCAUGAUGAGUAGUUUCAGCUCCCCAUAGAAAGCGUCCAGAGUCUUGUUCGAACUUAGACCCUGCCUAAUAGCCACCCCUGAAUAAUUAAGGCAGCACACAUUUCAUUUAUGACUGAUUGUUCUUCUGUAAUAAACGCUUAGGAUAAUCAAGUGUUACUUUAAACCUGCCGUUGUUCAUAUGUACAGAAGAGAUUAUAGUCGACCACUGAUGUUGAAUUGUCGGCUGGUGAGGUUCAGAGAAUUGUCCUCUUUCCUCCCAGCACAAUUAAAAAUGCACUGUCACCCCAACCAUCAACUCAACCCUUGCUUUUUUCCCCUGAAGCACCCCCAUAUAUGCUCCAGUGUCACUGACCUACAUUUGAAAAUGAUCUUGAAUGGAAAAAACUAUGAUAAACAAAUAGGUCCUAAAAACUAGCCAGGUAGGGCAGAAAAUGCAGUCUCUGGCAAGGAAGGGGGUCACUUGAGAUUAUGAUCCAAGUACCUUUUGCUAUAUAUAUCCAUGUUUGGCUAUACCAAGAACAAACCUGAGGGAGAACAGUUGUAUCAAAACAUCCAUGUUUACAGAAACACUGUUUAUCUAUUUACAUCUAAGCAAAUCAACAUUUUUCAUUCCAUUUGUCCAUAGCUCCAUGAAAUUCCUAAAUAAAAAUAAAAGGGAAAAAAAUUA